GAGACAAACAAAUGAUCAGUGGAGACCAAAAACUUGUCCAAUCCUUAUAGAAAGCUAAGAUAGCUAUAGCAACCAACCAUGUUAGAGUUUUUCCUCUUCAUAUUAUUCUCUCUCAUUUUAGCAAUAGCUUUGGCCUCUUUUCUAAUUGCAAAUUCUUUCACAAGAAAAGACCCUAAAAAUUUACCAAAUGGAAGCAUGGGAUGGCCCCUUUGUGGGGAGACUCUUGCCUAUCUCAAGCCCCAUAGAUCAAACUCCAUGGGCAGCUUCUUGCAAGACCAUUGCUCUAGGUAUGGGAAGGUUUUCAAAUCACAUUUAUUUGGUUCUCCUACUAUAGUUUCUUGUGACCAUGAACUCAACAUGUUUAUCCUUCAUAAUGAAGAGAAGUUAUUCCAAGCCAGUUACCCUACCGCCAUGCAUGGCAUUCUUGGAAAGUUCUCAUUACUUCUCGUCACCGGCGACCUCCACAAGAAGCUGAGGAGUGUCGUUGUUAGCUUCAUCAGUUUGUCUAAGUCAGCUCCUGGCUUUCUUCAUUGCAUAGAAGAUCUUACAAUCUCAAUGAUGGAGUCGUGGAAAGAAAGUAAAGAAAUAUCCUUUCAUAAAGAAGUUCGACAGUUUACACUAAACCUCAUGGUGAAAAAUCUUUUGAGCAUUGAACCAGAAGAGCCAUUAGCGUUGGAGAUAUUAGACAAUUUUCGAACUUACAUGAAAGGUUUCAUUUCUUUGCCAUUAGACUUUCCUGGAUCUCCUUAUACCAAAGCAGUGAAGGCAAGAGCAAGACUCUCAUCCACUGUGAAAGAGAUUAUAAAAGAAAGGGAAAAGGAAAACGUAAUGAAGUCAGAAAAAGGAGAUUUCUUGGAUGUAAUUUUAUCUAACAGAAAACUAAAGGAUGAAGAGAUUGUAAGCAUUGUAUUGGACAUAUUGCUUGGAGGCUAUGAGACAACCUCAACACUUAUUUCUUUAAUUGUUUACUUUCUUGGACAUGCACCAGCAGCUUUUCAACGCUUGAAGAAAGAACAUGAGACAAUAAGAAAAACAAAAGAGGAUGGUCAAUUUUUGGAUUGGGAAGAUUACCAGAAAAUGGAGUUCACCCAAAAUGUUAUAUCGGAAGCUAUGAGAUGUGGGAAUGUUGUCAAGUUUGUUCAUCGCAAAGCUCUUCAAGACGUCAAAUACAAAGAAUAUGUAAUUCCUUCAGGAUGGAAAGUUUUACCUGUGCUUACAGGAACACAUUUAGAUUCAUCACUCCAUCAAAACCCUUUCGAAUUUGAUCCAUGGAGAUGGACUGAUAAAGCGACGAGCAAAAAAGUGAUGCCGUUUGGUGGUGGAACCCGGCUAUGUCCAGGGGCUGAGCUAGCUAAAGUGGAGAUAGCAUUUUUUCUUCAUCAUCUUGUCCUGAGUUAUAGGUGGAAGAUAAAAGCAGACGACUUUCCGGUGGCUUACCCUUAUGUUGAAUUCCGGCGAGGCUUGCUGCUGGAGAUUGAACCGAUAGAACGAUAAUGGCAAUGGAUUAGUGCCUAGCAACCUAGGAGUAAUGUUUGAAAAUUAGUUGAAAGGUAUUAUGGUUGCAGUUGAUCAACGCUUAUUUUUAAUGUAUAAUGAGAAUUCAGUUAUAAGAAAAAGAGGAAGAAGAAGAAGAAGAAGCAAAGGAUCCUCUUAUAAUGUUCAAGUUAA